AUGGGCAGUAUUACAGAAGAAUUGCCGUACUGGCAGGUCAACGUCCCCGAACACCUGAGGACCGCCGAGUGCCCCGACUUCCUCCGCAACCUUAACGACAAGGACCGCCGCAUCAUCAGCACUCCAGACAGCGAAUAUGAAAUUGACUCUUGGGAGGUGGUGCGGCACAAGGUCGCCCAGAACCGGCUUGAGCUGUUCCAGAGAGUGCCGUCCGAGCUCCGCCGCUACAUGGCCUUUACUUGGAAGCUGAAGCAGGGCUAUGGGAGCGUCAUGAACUUCAUCUUGACGCAGAGGUUGCAAUGGACGCUGCCAAUCACGCCGCGGGGCCGGCCGUUUGAGUUCGACGACGACAUCAAGGUGCUGAGGAACGACUGGCCAUAUGGAAUCGACAAGCGGAUAGUGCACCUGGUCGUGUGGACCAAGUUCGCCCUUGAGGAGGACCCGGCGACUGGGGAUCUGACUGACGCGGCGCGGGCUGAGAUUGAUGCCUAUGUCCGCAGGGCCUUCUCCAAAAUGCCCUCAGAACAUGUCACCUGGUUCAAGAACUGGGCGGCGCUCAAGUCUGUAAAGUCAGUCGAGCAUUUCCACGUAAUGCUGUUUGAUCCGGAUCCCGAGUUCAUCAGGGAAAUAACGAACGGCGAUGUUCCCUUGUGCGAGAGGGAAUGA